CAGUCCACUGACAGGAACAGAUAGCGGUGAUAACAAUUGGACAAAACCUGCAUUAAGGCACUGAUCUGACACUUUGUCGAAUGUCGAAGUAUUUUGAUAGUUGCUUUAGAAAAUUUGUCUUGUAUAUUUGACGAUCUGUUUUCCAUUAUCGAUGAUUGGGGCCUUUUGAGGGUAGCCUCAGGUGUUAGCAAGGAAGCUCCUUGGUGUGAGCGAAAAGAUCUUGUGACAGGGGGAGGAUUAUACCGGGCCAUGGUUUGUCUUCAUUUCCCACAGAUUUGCAGUUCAUGCGUCAAAUGAUAAUAAUAAAGAAAAGAAAUAUUGUGCCACCGCUACACUUGAAUGGAUGAGAGCUCGAGACGAUACAAUUUAACUAUUCAAGGAUCGUAAAAUGGAGCACUAUUCUUGUUUAGAUGGAGAGUCGAUGAUCUGAAAACUGCUAGCUGUUUCAACUCUUGACACCCUUCCGUUCGGUUUCUUUGUUAUUUUCUGUAGUAUGGCGAUUGAGAAGCAACUGAGCGUCCAAAACUCCGAAUCAUAGCUAUACUUUCUGAUGUGAAUGAUGUCGGACAAUCGUUUCAUAAAAUGGCACUGGGGAUACGUUGUUGUCAUCUGCAAGUGUACAAUAAUGUUCCUGGACUCAGGCAUCGCCAAGUCGUUUGGUGUUCUUAUUCCCAGUAUGGUUGAAAGAUUGGAUGAAAAUUAUGCUACCGUCGGUCUUAUCUGCAGCCUUCCUGCAACACUCAUGUACUUCUGCUGUCCAAUGAUAUCUUUGAUUUUGAAGAGAGUAGGUCGUCGUCCAUUAGCCUUGUUUGGAGGCACGAUGAGUGGCAUGUCUUUGGCACUCUCAGGAUUCCUUCCCAACACUGUACUUACAGGCGUGUCAAUGGCACUGACAGGUGCUGGCAUAGCAUGUGUGUACAUGCCUUACAUGCUUGUGGUCAACGACUUCUUCCCCGAUCAUUUCGUUGUCAUAAACACCAUAUCUCUCUACGGUCAUACUGCUGGGACAAUGAUUCUGCCAUUCAUAACUGAACGAUCCUUUGAAGCCUAUGGGUACUGUGGAACGUUCCUCAUCUUGGGCGGACUCGCACUGCACCUGGUUGUGUGUGCUGUGGCCAUACGAAAACCGAUCUUGGAGAACCCUGAUGAAAGUCAGCGACAUGGCUCUCGCCCGUCUCACAUUGAAGGUGACGAGAUGUUAGUAGAGAAUGACCAAGAAACUCAACAGACCUUGAAAACCCCGGAACACUCAAAAUUAGACCACGAGCAGAAGAACGUCAAAGAUUUCAUGUCAGACCAAAGUCCGUCUGUAACUUCAGAUAUCGCGCGAUCAGCAUCACUUUCCUCUCUUGAAGAAGAAGUCGUAGGGGAAUGUGGCACUGAUCAAAGUUCCGCACCACUGUUUCACGACGAAAUCAACCGUCCUUCUGAUCUCUCACCAGACGUGAACCAAAAUGAAUCUUUUUAUAGGUCAUUUCUUCUCAAAGAACCGUUGUUCUUGUUCAAUCUCCUAACUAUUUACCUCUUUAGCUAUGCCUACUAUUCUUGGAUGUAUUUCCUGGUACCCCACGCGAAGCAACUUGGUAUCCCUGAAUCUCAGGCUGUGUUUCUCUCGACCAUCGCUGGAAUCGGGGGUAUCCUCGGCAGGACAAUAUUUAUCGUACUAGUAGCAAAAGGUGUCGACGCUUUUCACAUCUACAUAGUUUCCGGAAUCACAGUCACUUUGCCGUUUCUUUUGGAUUUCAUCGGGUCGAAGUAUUGGAUUCGAGCUGGAUUGGCGUUUUUGCAAGGAUUGUGUUUUUUUGCAGAAGAUGCUAUAUUUUUCACCGUCGCAAAGAACACGCUGUUUAACCCGGAUCAUUUAAGUCUCGCCAUUGCUCUUGUUUCAUUCUUCUUCGGACUUGGUGGAACAUCAGCAGGUUUUAUUACAGGAUCUCUGUUUGACUUAACACAGUCCUUCACAAAAGUCUUCAUCAUCAUUGGGAUGGUACUCGUAACCGUCGCCUUCCAAGUCAUCAUAACAACGGUCUGCAUCAGAAGAAGAACAAAUACAAGUGCCAUUUCUGAAUGAGACAUUGUGAACCCGAUGGGUACCAGGAUGUAUCCUAAAAAAAGGAAAAACGGAAUGUCACCUUUCUCGAAUAGACUAUCAAAGCAGGGACAUUGCUUGAAAGUAACCCUUUUUAGCGUACAUAAUAUCUUGAAUUAUUUUGGGACCAUGCACCAAUGAACUUCACAAAAAAGAAUGGUGUGAUUUCCUGUGAGCACCGUCAGAAGGAAAGAUUGUCACUUUCUUUAAGUCACACGCGUUAUAUCACGACUUUGAUUCCAUUUUAUUUUAAUCUUUGAUAAAAUUUUCCUCAAACCUUCAACAAUAUAUUUUUCCAAUUUACAACUAUUCGUCAUUGCGAACUUCCCCUUCAAAACAGGUCGAUAGAAUCGGGUGAUAAGAAACACCCAUAAAUCCACUUGGACUAGCUGCCAUGAGGUAUUGCUCUAAAGCAUUAAUUGCUAUAGUUGCAUCAUUUACAUAGGUAUUGUAUCAAUAUCUAUAUUUGGAUCCAUUAUGAUGUGGCAAUAAAUUAAUUUACUUUUAUGACAGAAUGUUUUUAUUCUUAUGUUAUUCAAGUUAUU